AUGAAGGUGAAAAUUUGUAUCAGCGCCUUUUUGGCGUUUUGUACCUGUUAUGCUCCUGCUGUCGGAAUUCUAGCAAUUGUCAUCUUAAGGAAGAAUCUCAACCAACGUGCCACGGUAAGCAUGAUGCUUUUAGAGUUAGAUUUGGCGAGAAUGGCUAGAUAUAAUGUUUUGAAAUUGACACCGUGCGCUUUUGAGCCUUCUUUGUUAGACAUUAAGUACUCUUCUUUACUAUUUCAGGAGUCUAACAAUUCUUGCGCCCUGGGUGCGUAUAAUCGUUUUUCACUAUUACGACUUCGGGGUAGCGGUGGUUUGGAUCCAAACCCCCGAAUAAGUAAAAGAGGACGACAUGAAAGGGACAGCAAUUCGUUUCUCGGGGCAACGUGUUGCGUGAAGAACGUGAAGAAGAAGUGUUUAGAGAACAUGCUGAAUCGAAAGGAUAUCCAAGCUUGCAGAAGCGCCUUUUGGAAUAAAACAGAGGAAGAACAGCGGGAAUUCAUAAUAAGUUUUCUAGUCAUUUCUCACCACAAAGACGAUUCUGGACGCAACAUUUACAACUAUCAAAUCAGUAGAAAAACAGUGUGCCAAAAAGCAUGGCUUUUUGCGUAUGGCAUAAGCAAUGGAAGAUUCCAUAAUCUCCGGCUAGCCUACGAGGAGGGUAGCGCUACUCAUAUAGGAGAGAGAAGUGGGCCACGAGCUAAAAAGUCCAAAAAGUACAUGAGCGCUCAGUUAUGGUUUGAAGAAUUUGUGCGUUCGAUGGCGGACAGGCUUCCCAAUGAAGACAAACUUCAUCUUCCCUCCUGUUUCACCAAAAGGCGAGUCUACAAUACGUACAGAGAAGCGAUGGUGAAGAAAAACAAGCAGGCGAUGAGCGUUACCCGAUUUCAACAAAUGUGGAAGAAGGAAUAUAAGCGAGUUAUGAUACCAAAGGUCAACAGGUAUACUAAAUGUGGAGUUUGCACGCUGAUUAAAGAAAACAUCUUGAACAUAAAGACUAGGCGCCUUAAUUGGCUGGAGAAAAGAAGACUUCACUUAGUCCAGCAAUCAGCUGAGAGGAAGAAAUACUACAAACACAGACACAAAGCAGAAGAAAAUCCGCUAAAGUACCUGUCUGUGAUAACUGAUGGCAUGGAUCAAGCCAAAACAAACGUCCCCUAUUUCCACACGAAGUCAAAGAUGGAAGGCGAGAAUGCAGAAUUCCUCAAAACUCACGUACUUGGAGUUAUAUCACAUGGGCAUAACAGAACAUGGUGCAUACUAGAUUUGCUGCGCUACCCAGCAGAUGCAAACGCCACGGCAUGUGGUCUGAUUCAUGUUUUACAGAGCAUUGUCAGUCAGAAAGGAAGUUUGCCACCAACUCUUUAUUGGCAAAAGGACAACUGCUCUCGAGAUUGCAAGAACGUGUAUAUACUUGGAUUUUGUGCUUUCCUUGUAGCCAUCGGUGCUUUUAAAAAGGUCAAACUUUCCUACUUAAUGGUCGGGCACACGCACGAGGAUGUGGACCAGAUGUUUAGUCGAAUAAGUGGCGGUCUCAAGAGGAAGAACGCAGAGACAAUUGAUGCGCUACGGAGGAUGUUUAGUCGAAUAAGUGGCGGUCUCAAGAGGAAGAACGCAGAGACAAUUGAUGCGCUACGGAGGGUAAUAGCAGAAAGCUACACGCCUCGCCCUUGUACAUCUUUAAUGAAUGCGAUUUUUGAUAUCAAGGAGUGGCUACGACCAUAUAUCCUUGGUUUCAAAAAUCACAGUCACCCACAUUAUUUGCGAUUUAAGAAGAAUGGCAGGGGCGAGGUGGAGAUGGUUUUACCGCUACUGGGCAACAGACCAGCAGUGGUAUCCAGCUAAACCUUUCGUGGCCAUGUACACACCACCUGUUGGAAAACCUUCCCUUGUGAGACCUGAGAAUAACAAGAAUCCAAGUCCCGACGAAAUGGCGGAGAAACUGAAGAAUGUUAGGUCUCGGCUAAGCGGUACAGAUAGCAAUUGGUGGGAGUCCUUCAUUCAGAACGAACGACCCAAGUGGCAAUGUUGGGAGGCAAUGACUGAUGAAGAAUACCAGGAAGCUGGCGCUCUUGCAUUCGACAUCAGCAAUUUGAAAUACAAGGAGCCUCCCCCAAAACAAGAAGAAGAAGACGACCGGAUAAAUCAGGCAGAGGAAGCAAUAUUGAGACAGAUGAACAAGGAACUAAAAUUUGCUGGGGUCAAAUCAACAAAUGCCCCUCCAAAGAAGCCUAAAAGAAGAAAGCUUAAUAAAGAAAACAAAUGAAUGGUGUACGCCGAUGUGGAGCUUAGUGGAGAGGACGCUUGUUGGAGUUUAUUACUACCGAUUGCAGUGUCAAAAUGUACCCUUUGGAUUUCCGGAGUAGACCAUACACGGAGUACACCAGGUAUAGAGAAAUGGUAUAUAACUUUGAGACUGAGUUUUUUGGAUCCCUAUGGUUUUGCAUCGCCUGCCUGCCCGCGCAAGCUGAUAACCACGCUUUGCUGACACGGUCGCCUUCACAGAGCAGUGCUGCGCUGAGAUUGGUUUGUCGGCAUUUUGUCAUGUUUUAUCGGUAGAGCUUGUCACCUGUAACUAGGGCGAGCGCAGAACUGCGCACCGGUUCUGUUAUCGAUUUAACAUUUAGAUGUGUACUCCCCAGAGCAAAGUAGCAACACUCAUAAAAUAAAGAAUGACUGACAGUGAUAAUAAGUUUGUUAAGCACUACGUUUUAUGAUAGAGCUUCUUGGAUUUUUAAUCAAUGUGUUUGAGUUAAAAUACGAAACUAAGCCGAGUAGAUUAACCAAGUGGCAGGUACAAGGGCAUAAGCUGCUCUGCGCUAGGUAGAAGUUCACAUGGGUUCCGAUAUCACGCUAAAUACGGGAUUCGCUGAUACAUGAGCAGUCCUGCGCAACAGGAAGUGAAUAAUUGUAUCAUUAUUGGCUAAUGCGAGCGCAGGGCUGCGCUCAAGUUUUGCCGUUUCGCGUUACUUUCAUAACGAGCCCGAAAUUUCUCAAAAUAAGCGAGUACUUAACAGAUAAUUGAGAAGCACAAUGGAUAUAGUGACACGUUUAUUUUUAAUCAAUAUGUUCCGAUGUUACGCUAAAUACUGGAUUCGCUGAUACAUGAGCAGUCCUGCGCUAAAGGAAGUGAAUAAUUAUUGGCUAAUGCAAGAGCAGGACUGCGCUUUGUGUCUUGUGACCACUUGCAAUGAUAAGCACUCCAACUCGCGUUGCUUCACGUUAUAGCCGGCUUGAUCAUACUAAUGUUAUUUAUGAUUUGAUAAGAUAACGGCCGCUUUGCUAACAGUGAAGUACAAAAUAUCUUGAAAGAUAAGCACAAAACGGUGCAGUCGUGCGCGAAACUCGUAAUUAACUCACAAGUUUUCCCGUUUCGCAUCACUUUCAUAACUAUAUACAUGUUUACUUUUAAACAACAUGUUUGAUUGAAAAUACGAAACUAAGCAGAGUAGAUUAACCAAGUGGCAGGUACAAGGGCAUAAGCUGCUCUGCGCUAGGUAGAAGUUCACAUGGGUUCCGAUAUCACGCUAAAUACGGGAUUCGCUGAUACAUGAGCAGUCCUGCGCAACAGGAAGUGAAUAAUUGUAUCAUUAUUGGCUAAUGCGAGAGCAGGGCUGCGCUCAAGUUUUGCAGUUUCGCGUUACUUUCAUAACGAGCCCGAAUUUCUCAAAAUAAGCGAGUCCUUAACAGAUAAUUGAAAAGUACUCUGGAUAUAGUGAGAAGUUUAUUUUUAAUCAAUAUGUUUGAGUUACAAUACGGAACUAAGCCGAGUAGAUUAACCAGGUUAAUUAACCAGGCGCUAGGUAGCAGUUCACGUGGGUUCCGAUAUCACGCUAAAUACGGGAUUCGCUGAUACAUGAGCAGUCCUGCGCUAAAGGAAGUGAAUACUUGUAGAAUUAUUGGCUAAUGCAAGCGCAGGACUGCGCUUUGUGUCUUGUGACCACUUGCAAUGAUAAGCACUCCAACUCACGUUGCCUCGCGUUAUAGCCGGCUUGAUCAUUCCGAGUUUACUGUUAAGCGACCAUAGAUGGAUAUUUGUAUGGUUGCAUGCGCAUUUACAACUAAAGCAAAGUAACAAGUCCGCCGUGGCCGAUUAAGGCUUGCCAAGCUUCCAGUUGAAAUUGGAAAAUAACGCAAGGACUCUUCUGGGAUACAAGGUAUUUAAAGAAAUAUCAUAAACUCCGAAAAUAAGGAAGGCAUUAUAUUGGAGUUAGUCGAUUAACUCUAAGGAGGAGAUACACGAAGGAUGUUCCAGUAUUUGAGAACACUGUUCUUAACGCGCCAAAACAAUCCCGCCAAAUUAGCACCCUUCAAGUAAGCUAAAAAUAAUACACAUAUCAAACACAAAAA